AGGGGAGUAAGGGGCGUGGCGGGGCUACUGGCUCUACCCCGCCCCCCAAGCCCCGUGUGAUAGAUACGGGGGAGAGUAGGCGCCGGCAGUGGGAGUUUCUUGUUACACGUUCCGGUGUGUGGGCUCCGUUAGCUUGCCGCUUUGUCGGGCGCGGGCUGUGAGGAUGUGGCUCGGCUCUUUAUGCUGCUGAACACGCGUUGCCAAUCGGAAUUUGUACUAUUUAUUUCUCACCGGCUCCCACCCCCUCCCCUCUCUUUUCUCUUUUGUAUUAUGGGGAAAGAGCAGGAACUUCUUGAAGCCGCUCGGAUUGGGAAUGUAGCUGUGGUGGAAAAAUUGCUAAGUGGCAAAAAGGGAUUAUUGGGAAGUGGAUCGGGCUCCAUCCCACUCUCCAGCCUUCUGAGGAAGCGGCUUCUGCAUUCCAAACUGUCACCCACAAGCAUUUGGCGGGGACCCAACGUAAACUGUACAGAUACUUCUGGUUACACAGCCUUACAUCAUGCAGCUUUGAAUGGACACAAGGAUGUUGUUCUGAAGCUUCUUCAGUACGAGGCCUCCACCAAUGUUGCGGAUAACAAGGGCUGCUUUCCACUCCACUUGGCUGCUUGGAAGGGAGACAUGGAUAUCGUAAAAAUUCUAAUCCAUCAUGGGCCUUCCCAUUCACGAGUGAAUGAGCAGAACAAUGAGAAUGAAACUGCACUGCAUUGUGCAGCACAGUAUGGACACUCCGAAGUGGUUGCUGUUCUCUUAGAAGAAUUGACUGAUCCCACCAUAAGGAACAACAAGUUUGAAACACCCCUUGACUUGGCUGCACUCUAUGGUCGUCUGCAGGUGGUCAAGAUGUUGAUAAAUGCACAUCCAAAUCUCAUGAGCUGCAAUACCAAAAAACAUACUCCUCUGCAUCUUGCUGCACGCAAUGGGCACAAGGCUGUGGUCCAAGUUUUGCUUGAUGCAGGCAUGGAAGUGAAUUGCCAGACUGAAAAGGGUAGUGCUCUUCAUGAAGCUGCCUUGUUCGGCAAGAUGGAUGUUGUCCGAAUUCUGCUAGAAGCAGGAAUUGAUGCAGGUAUUAAAGACACACAAGACUGGACUGCAUUAGAUAUUCUGAAGGACCAUCCAUCCCAGAAGUCACAACAAAUCACAGCACUCAUACAAGAUUAUAUUGUGCAAAAGAUGGAUCUAAAGGGAGCAGAAGAACCAGGAAAGCAGUGUCCAGUUCCCACUCCCCAGUCUUCCAUUUCAUCACCAGCAGCUUCACCUUCUCUUAAGGUCAAAGGUGAAGCACUACCUGGGGAGCUAUCAAAGCUUUUGCUGGAAAUCAGAGAGAGCCAUGAUAAGGAUUUUGAUGAUCUGUGCCAAGCGAUCUCUUCAUGUUCAAUAGACAGUUUCACCAGUGUAAAGAUUUCUGAUGAUGAUGCUGCAAAGUGCGAAAACCAGCCUAAACAUUCCAAGCAACGAGAUCAGCCAUCUCCUCCAAAAGGCACACCACAGACCGAUGAGGAAGAAGGAGAGAAAAGCUGUGGCCCAGCAAGACUAUGGGAAGCAUUCACUCCAUGUAAUGGCUGUCGACCCCUUGGCUUCCCUAUUUUAACACAGGAAUCAGAAACAAAGAAAGAUGACCAGACCCUGGACAUCAGGCUGUCUCCAUCGUUGGACAGUUUCCCUCCAGAAGAGGAGGACAAUCCUUAUGAAUUCCUGACCACUGCAGUCACAAAGAAACCACGUUCGUUGGAAAUAUCCAGAGUAUCUUCAGGAGUAACAGAGGUUGCACCUCAAGUAACUAUUACUGCGCCAGGGGCUAAUCACCAGAGGAAAAGUACAGGUCCCACCCCAGACUGUUCACCUCCAUCCCCAGAUACAGCACUGAAGAACAUUGAGAAAGUUAUCCGACCCCAGCCUAAGCAGAGAACUUCGCUCAUUUCCUCACAAGAGGUAUACAGGCCAAGUCACGUGUAUGAUCAGUCAGAGGUCAGUUCAUCUGCAGGCUACGCCAGCGUUAAUACCACACCUCCUGUUAGCCCUGCCAACUAUUCCAUUGGAUCUAUGGAGGGCAGUGAUUUAAUAGAGGAGAAUCUUUGCCAACGUGAAGCCUCUGCGGAAGAAGAACUCCAUGAUGGUCACAUCCCUAAGCAGUUUGCAGGAUUAUUGCAUGGCUCUUCCCCAGCUUGUGAAUCUCCAGAGAAUCCUUAUCAUCUGUACACCAAAACAAACAAGGAGUUCACCGGUGACAGCGCCUUGAGAAUCAAAGAGUCAGCCCAGGAGCCAAAGUUAAUUAAAACAGAUUCACUACAAUGUGCAGAUGAAACAAAUGAGGCACAAGUGCAGCAUAAUGACAGUGAUGCAUCAAUAUUAGACAAAGAAGGCAAACCACAAGUUGUUUAUAAGACCAUUUUCCAUACAAAAGUGAACCAGAAUGACAGUGACACUUUUGUCAGCACCAGAACUUUUCGGAAUGAUGAUCACUGGAUAAGCAACACUGGAGAAAAGCUUGGCUUUGAAGACAGAGCAUGCACUUUAGGAAGGGUAAGAUCAGGAGGAAAAACUCUUCUUGAAUUACAGUUAGCCAGAAACAUUUCAAAGUCAGACUCCAACCUUAUUACUUGCUCACCUAUUGAGGAAGAAUCGAGGAACACACGCUGUGAGUCUGUAUCAAACUACCUUAAGGAAAGCAAACAAUGCACCGGAAAAUGUUUGGAACGAACACCUUCCUUCACAGCUGAAUGGGAAGAGAUUGAUAAAAUCAUGAGCUCCAUUGGCGCUGGAAUCAAUACUGGUCUGAAAGGAAAACAUGAUGAAGCUUCAGGACCCAGAGUUGUAUUUCAGACUGUGGGACGGUGGCUGGAGAGCAUAGGACUCCCCCAGUAUGAGAACCACCUGCUGGCAAAUGGAUUUGACAACAUCCAGUUCAUGGGAAGCAAUGUUGUGGAAGACCAGGAUUUGUUGGAGAUAGGCAUCCUUAACUCUUCGCACAGACAACGAAUUUUGCAAGCUGUUCGUGGGCUUCCUAGAGUGAAGGUUAUUGGAUAUGAUACAAACAGUCCAACGUCUGUAGCGGAUUGGUUAGAUUCUUUAGAACUGAAUGAUUACAUCAAGACCUUUCUGGCAAAUGGUUAUACGUCGAUGGAUCUUGUGAAAAAGCUGUGGGAAAUUGAACUCAUUAAUGUAUUGAAAAUCAACCUUCUGGGUCACAGAAAACGAAUCUUGGCAUCACUUGGAGACAGACUUCACGACGAGCCCCCUCAGAAGCCUCCACGAACCAUUACUCUGAGGGUCAGUUGUCCUGAAUCCCGCAAUGCCAUCUUGCAAGAUGAUGUAUAUAUCGUAUCUUGGAUGGACCCUGGGAACAACACUCCUCCUCAACUUUCCCCAUCCCUUAGCCAAAGCACUUACACUGGUGGCUCUCUUGAUAUCCCCUCUUCCCAUUUAAUGAUGCAAGGGGACGCAAGAAGGCGAAUCAAUGACAGCUACUUUGAGGAUAUGCCUAGGUCAAAACUGGAAAGACAAAUGGCUCAGCAGGCAGAAUGGAGUGAGCCUUCCAUUACUCUUCGGCCUCCAAAUGAAGCCACAUCAUCAACGCCUGUGCAGUACUGGCAACAUCAUCCUGAGAAGCUGAUUUUUCAGUCCUGUGACUAUGAAGCAUAUUAUUUAGGUUCUAUGUUGGUGAAGGAAUUGCGAGGAACAGAAUCAACACAAGAUGCAUGUUCUAAGAUGCGGGCUUCAGAACAAAUGAAGAAGAUUCCCACAAUCAUACUUUCAAUCUCGUACAAAGGGGUAAAAUUCAUUGAUGCUACAAAUAAGAAUAUCAUCACAGAGCAUGAAAUUAGGAAUAUUUCUUGUGCUGCUCAGGACCCUGAAGAUCUUUCCACCUUUGCCUACAUCACUAAAGACUUAAAGUCGACUCACCACUAUUGUCAUGUAUUCAGUGCUUUUGAUGUGAAUUUAGCGUAUGAGAUCAUUUUAACACUGGGACAAGCCUUUGAAGUGGCUUAUCAGUUGGCCCUGCAAGCCAGGAAAGGUGGACAUGGCCCGCCAACAAUGCAAGAUAGCCUUGAAAGUAAAGCUGGCAAACCCAUCCCAAAACCACGAGCAAGUAUCCGGAAAUCUGUGGAGAUGCAGAAUGGUAAUAAGCCGGAUACCAACAACGAAUGGUCUUUUUUUACAUGAUUUCAUCAAAGACCAGUUUCUGUAAAACACUAGAUUGAUCAACCUCUUCUGGAACAAAAGACUCAUACUAAUGUACCAUGGAUUGUGGAACCAGUGCAAGAAUCAAAAAGGGGAAUGAAUACCAAGUAUGAGACCACAAUAUUCUAAACCCUAUGUCUCAUUCUCCUCUAUCUGUGCCUUCGCACUCUUGAGCAAUCACUGCAAGCAGCACAUUUUGUCUCCUCUGGUGACCUCUGACCCAGCGGAGAGGAAACUUGCACUCGCUGAGUGACCUUUAUACAGUUACUGUCAUCACUGCAUGAAGCUGCUCUUUCUCCUUGACAUUCUUCCCACUGUAGCAACAGGAACAACACAGACACACGACAUCUGUCUUUAGACUUAUUAAAAACCAAUCCAUCAGAAGGACUUAAACUGAUGCAGUUUCAAGAUUUUUCUCUUGGUCUCGGUGUAACAUUGUUCUUCAAUCUCUUCUGGCUCAUCACAGAUUUAGAAGAUUUCAGUGAACUCUAACUCUGAAAUUCUCUUCUGCCCAUGUGAUCACUUGAAUGCUGCUAAAAGCUAAUAAAAAAAAAGUCAAAGCUUUUUUUUAUCCCUUUGGACUAUCACUUUUAAACUAAAAGCUGUGAUUUAUGAAUUGCGGCCUUGGGAUAAUAUUUAAAAAAAUGGCUAAGCUAAAAUCUUUCAAUGACUGCUUUCAUUUUGAAAUGACUGCACUGUUUUGGUGGUUUACUAACUGCUUUAGGCAAUUGUUGUGAAUUUCACUAUUGUUUACUGGAAAUUUCACAGCACCUUUAUUCAAUUCCUGCAGAAUUUCUAGCCCUUGUUUUAAACUCGGAUCUGUGCUGACGAUAAUGUUGUGAUUUUUUUUAAGUAAUGUGGUACUGCAAAAUUUAGUAUGGGAAUAUUGUUAUUUAUUUUUAAUGUAACCAGUCGUAAUUUUUAUGACAUCUUACUCCUAAAAUGUGAAAGGUAGAAUGUUUUGAAGUAGGAAAACAAUCAGGAGUUUUACACAGAUGCUAGUUUCCAGUCUUAUUUCUAAACUGUGUAUGACCGAUGAUUACUUUUAAAACAGCUUGUAUAACAGCAAUUGAGGAGUAAAAUCCUAGUUUUUGAAAAUACUUUGACUGGGGGAGAAAAAUCCAUCAUUCCAAUGAGGCUUAUUGUGAUGUUGCUGAGGUCCCUUGUGGAAUGCAGAUGGUGUUAAUGUCUGAAACCCAACAGUGUGUUGCACUACAGAUAGAGGCAUACUGCAUAUUCACACAUGGCACUGGAUGGGUUAGCAGUCCAAGUGGCAGUGCUGGAUGCAGAAGAGGUUGUCAUGUCAUUCAGAUGAGAAAUAAUAACUCUCAGAAAAUAUUUGGUUUGCAUGCAUGAUUGUUGAAUUUAAAUAAAAUAUGGCACAAUUAAUCUAUUUUUGUUCUAUAGUACAAAAGACAAAAUUUCACGAAUAGUGACAUGCUCGGCAGUGUGAAGCAACUUCCACUUCCGACAAAGACAAUGAUCUGUGACUGAUUUCUUUCAAAACAAAGCAGCAGACAACGUUUUUUUUAAUUAAACAUGUGAAACCACAAUCAACUGAUUUACUACCUGGAGCAAUCAAUGUUUGUUAAAUAUGAGAAUCAUCAUGCUUCUUUGUUUGCAAAAAAAAUGUAGCAGCACAUAACACAACUCUGCUGCAUUGCCUAUUGAAACCACAUUGAGCCAAAGUUUAACUGUGGUGUGCACGGGCAGAAUUAUAAACAAAUGGUUUAAUAACAGUUAUAUGACACUGUUAAAAAAAGAAACUUAUUGUGAAUCAAUUUAAUGUUUAUUUUAGAACCCUUAUUGAACUUGUGUAAUAAUGGUCUUAAGUUGUUUCAAUGUUACAUUAUUUUUAUAUGAUAUAGAAACUAAGCUGGGCUUAAUGAUAAAGUCACCCAAAUAUAACAUAAUGGAUGACUAUUAGAGCUUGGGGUGUAAUUGAUAAUCAAAUGUAUAUUGUAUGGUUGGACUGAAUUUUAGUUCAAUUCAGUGUUAAUCUUUUAAUACGGUAUUACAGUACUUGAACAAUGCUAUUUCCUUGUACAUAUUUUGCCUAUUCACUGUUGAUACAUGUAUGUAGUAAUUUGGCAGUUUAAAAAAUAAACCCACUGUAAACAUGGUACCAAAAUGAAAUUGUAUGGGGAUAAAAUAGUGGCCUCGCUGCAACUAAUAAUUGUAUAUAUGCUUGGGCUUCCAGUUACAAAUUUUGUAAUUUUGUCAUUAUUUAAAUCCUGCAAAAGCACAUUAAAUAAACAGGAUGUAUAAAAAUA